GAUGUUUAAAAAAAAAAAGAGUGAAGGAACAAAUGAAUUCAUGGUUUCUGCUAAUUUAGGAAUAGCUGUGAUUUUGUAAGUAUAAUUGCAGUAAGUUAAUCUGGAUGCAAUUUCAAACUUACAUACCUAAAACCACAUUUAAUUUUGAAAAACUAUUAGAAAGAUUAAAAUGGGAUGUCAAAUAAAAAUCAACUAGGACAGAUAAAUGCAAGGUAAACCAAGGAAGAAAAGAAGGAAAAAUGAAAACUGGAAUCUUGUGGAGGAGAGAAGUCUACUGAAACUUAUUAUAAAAAUAAUAUUUUGGGAUAGACUUAUUUAUAACAUGGGAAAUAUUUAGUGGUUUUUAAUUUUGAGUUGCAUGAAAUGGUAUGGUUUCCAUGUUUUUAUGGGCUUAUUUCACCUCCAGUUAUUAAUCACUGUAGUCCUCAUUUCUUCAACCUACUGUGAUUAUCCAGUUUUCCCUGAGGAGUUGUAGAAAAUGAAAGGAAAAACAGGCCUGCAGCAGUCUUGGAUCAUGUCCAGAAAAUGUUUUUAGUCCUUGGACUACAUGGAGGAUGGUGCCCCAAGCCUUGUAUACACAGAUUGGGAAAACAAUGAGGAUCUCAGCGUAUUCACUCUCAACAGGAAAGCCCUGUGUCCUUAACAAAAGGUGUACUACAGAGUACACUGAAACGCACUUGGAUAACAUAAACAUCUCGAUUCACAUUUGUAUCUUUACCCAUGAACAGGAAGCAAUGUGGAGUAAGACAGUUUGCUUGCUAAAUACCACAACUGAGGGCCCUGGGCCCUGAAAGCCAGGAAAACAGUUGUGUUAGCAAUCUCUGAGGAUAAAUGUACUAAUCAGCCAGUGCAAAACUAGGAGGACCAGUAGAGUCAUUUAGGGUGACAUUCCCUAGCAAUUCAGAUUCCAUAACCUGCUACUGUUUACUUAAGUCACAACCUCUGGAGAAAAGAGAAGAGCAGCUUUCCGGAAUCUGAAAGGGGAUGGUGAGAAUGAACAUGAUUUGAGUCCUUGGUCGCUUGUUGGAGAACGAUGAGGAUGACAGACACUUGCAUAAAGACACGGCUGAUGUUAUUUAAACCUACUUCAGAAUAGAAGAUUUCUUUCUACUUAACCAUAAGAUAGCUUACAAUUGAUUACAAGAAUUGAUUCCUCUGAGACUCAUCAGAUCAUUUCCUGUAAAAUCCGUAUCUCUCUAUUUGUGAAAAAGAACCAGACCUCUUGGAAACCACCUUCAUCAGACCUGGGAGUUUGAAGGAAGCAGGUGCUGAACCUUAGUUUUUUCCCAGAACAAGAAAAAUGGGCUGCGAUCGAAACUGUGGGCUCAUCGCUGGUGCUGUCAUUGGUGCAGCCCUGGCUGUGUUUGGAGGUAUUCUAAUGCCAGUUGGAGACAUGCUUAUUGAGAAGACAGUUAAAAAGGAAGCUGUCCUUGAAGAAGGUACAAUUGCUUUUAAAAGUUGGGUUAAAACAGGCACAGAAGUUUACAGACAGGUUUGGAUCUUUGAUGUACAGAAUCCAGAGGAGGUGGCAGUGAACAGCAGCAAAAUUAAAGUUAAGCAAAGAGGUCCUUACACGUACAGAGUUCGUUAUCUAGACAAGGAAAAUAUAACCCAUGACUCCGAGACCCACACAGUCUCUUUCCUACAGCCCAACGGUGCCAUCUUUGAACCCUCACUAUCAGUUGGAACCGAGAAUGACACUUUCACUGUUCUCAAUCUGGCUGUAGCAGCUGUGCCCCAUCUCUAUCCAAGCGCAUUUGUUCAAAUAAUAGUCAAUAUCUUUAUCAAAAAAUCAAACUCUUCUAUGUUUCAAAAGAGAACUUUGAAAGAACUAUUAUGGGGCUAUAAGGAUCCAUUCUUGAGCUUGAUUCCAUACCCGGUUCCUACUACAGUUGGUGUGUUUUACCCUUACAAUACUGCAGAUGGAGUUUAUAAAGUUUUCAGUGGAAAAGAUGACAUAAGCAAAGUUGCCAUAAUUGACACAUAUAAAGGCAAAAAGCACCUCUCCUAUUGGCCAAGUUAUUGUGACAUGAUUAAUGGUACAGAUGGAGCCUCAUUUCCACCUUUCAUUGAGAAGACCCGGGUAUUGCAAUUCUUUUCCUCUGACAUUUGCAGAUCAUUCUAUGCUGUGUUUGGAGCUGAAAUUAAUCUGAAAGGAAUCCCUGUGUAUAGAUUUAUCCUUCCAUCCUUGGCUUUUGCAUCUCCGCUUCAAAAUCCAGACAACCACUGUUUCUGCACAGAAAAAAUUAUCUCCAAAAAUUGUACCUUAUAUGGUGUGCUAGAUAUUGGCAAAUGCAAAGACGGAAAACCUGUGUACAUUUCACUUCCUCAUUUUCUACAUGCAAGUCCUGAAAUUGCAGAACCUGUUGAAGGCUUAAGUCCAAAUGAAGAGGAACAUAGCACGUACUUAGAUGUUGAACCUAUAACUGGAUUCACUUUACAAUUUGCAAAACGCCUGCAGAUCAAUGUACUGGUUAAGCCAGGAAAAAGCAUUGGAGCAUUAAAGGGUCUGAAGCAGAAUUAUAUGGUGCCUGUUCUUUGGCUUAAUGAGACUGGCACAAUCGGUGAUGAGAAGGCAGAAAUGUUCAGAAAUCAAGUGACUGGAAAAAUAGAACUCCUUGGCCUGGUAGAAAUGAUCUUAAUCAGUGUUGGUGCGGUGAUGUUUACUGCUUUUAUGAUUUCAUACUGUGCAUGCAGAUUGAAGAGUGUAAAAUAAUGUGAAUCAGUCAAACUGAAGAUGAAGAAAAAUGAAGUGGAAUUUUUGGACAAUAUUUUUUUGGAUAUGAAAUUGAGAGCUUGAGACUAGGAAGGCAACUCCAUUUUUUGUUCUGAUUAUUUCUGUCACUAUUCACUCAAAAGAGGACUGAAUAAUUCUGCCUACAAUCCAUUUGAAUAGGUAUUCAAAACGCUAACCUAAUAUAUUCACAUUAUAACACAUAAAGGAAAUAUUGCAUCACCUUUAAGACCUGUGAUUAGUCCAGUAACAAAUAAGUUAUGAUUAAACAAAGUAAUUCAUAUGAACACAUACAAUAGACAAAAAGGUCAUCCACUGAAAAGCCAAAUUACAACAAAAACUUCUUCUAGUGGGAAAAUAUGCUUUUCAAAAUGAAGUAUGAGUCAUAAAUUUUUUCUGUAUAGUUCUCUACUGAAAUUACAUGAACAAUUUCAUCAGUGCUUAAUAAGCCCUGAAUGCCAAUUAUCUUGGGUCUGUACAUGGCUCUAUUAAGGUGAAAGAUUGAAAACUUUCUAGAGUGCCUUUGUCAACAAAUAUAUUGGUUUGGCUUAACAUCUGACUGUUACAGGGAAAAGCUACUGCUCUU